AUGAACAUAGGAAAUUUUUCGACUACCGAAAAAGCUGUCGAGCGUGAAAAACUUUCUACUGCUUUAAAGGCGAAAGAUCACUGGAGCAAUAAUUUAUACAUGGAAGCUUCUCAGACCAUAAAAUGUAAAUCCGAAGCCCAAAAAAAAGAAAGAAAAGGAUUUCAGCAUCCUUGUGGAGGAAUAAAAUAUUGCUAUUUGAAUAUAUUGCCUCGAGAUCCUCUCAAUAUACGAGCAAAGAAGAGUGGAAACGAACGAACAAGUCUCGACUUUCUAGUCAAAAAAAAGUGGCAAAAAGUCUUGCAUCAGCAUCAUCCCAUAACAUAA